CGGAGCUCCCAGUGGAUUCAAACCAGGAUAUGGAGGCCAAGGAGGAGGAGGAGGAGGAGGAUAUCCAGCUCAAGAUCAAGGCGGCUACAUGCAGCAAGGAUAUCCAGCUCAAAGCCAAGGCUACCCAGGACAGGGUUAUCCUGCACAAGGACCUCCCCAGGCGUACCCACCACAGGGAGCAUAUCCUUCAGGAGGUGGAGGAUACGAUGCGCCACCAAAUGGAGCGAGUGGCUACCAGGGCGGACCAGGAGCAAGUGGUUAUCAGCAGGCAGGGGGAGGUGGACCAGGUGCUAGUGGAUACCAGGGAGGACCAGGUGCUAGUGGAUACCAGGGAGGGCCAACAGCUGGUGGGUACCAGGGUGGACCAGGAGCAAGUGGAUAUCAGGGUGGACCAGGCGCCAGUGGAUACCAGGGAGGACCAGGCGCAAGUGGAUACCAGCAAGCGGGAGGAGGUGGACCAGGAGCUAGCGGAUACCAGGGAGGACCAGGCGCAAGUGGCUACCAGGGUGGACCAGGCGCAAGUGGCUACCAGUCAGGUCCUGGUGCCAGUGGUUAUCCACCAAGCUCAGAGUACGAAGGACCUCCUAGGAAGUAUAACGGUCACAGUGGAGUUGGAGCAACACUGGAUUUUCCCGGUCUUCAAGCAUAUGCUCAUGACACAAGCAAUCACGGCUCCUAUUCGCAUUGCAGUAAUAAGACAUCCGCGAAUGAUCAGCAUGUUGCAUCAUCAACAGUGUCACCAACUUCAACUAAUGCGCCUUGAUUUCAUCCCAAUCUAUCUGAUAGAAAACCACUUCAACCGAUGAUAAUAACCUACUGCUCGGUUCCACAAUUAUUCAAAAUAAUAAUAGUCAGUAUAAAAUAAUAAUAGUACUGUAAAUCACAUUUGAGUAUGUUGCAUCUAAGUAUUUUGCAAAAAAAAUGAAAUUAUGUAGAGUGAGAUUUGUAAGGCACGGUUCAAGACAUUUGAACAUGAUCAAAUAGGGAACAGUUAACAACAAUUGCAUUGCCACAAUUGAUAAUUUCAGUGCACAUUUGUGAAGCUUACCCAGUUUGGCCAUGUUCAAAAGUCUUGGCCGAGCUUGGUGGAGCCGAGCAUACAUGUAUAAAAUGUGCAAAAAUCUAUAUAUUAUUCAGUUGAAAAAAUCGAUUUUUCUAGAUGUAAAAAUCUAUUUUCGAUUCAAAUCGAAACACAGAGAAUCAACCUCAAAAAUCGAUUUUUGAAGACAGAAAUUUCGAUUUUUUGGAAAAGUCGAGUUUUAUUUGCCAUCCCUAAUAAUAUUAUUUGUGCAGUACGAUAACUAAAGGAGCGUACAGAUUUACGCGCCGCGAAC